UGGGUGCUUUCCAACCUUCUCCUAUAAAUAGAGAGAGACCGCAGCGAAGGGUAAGAAAGCUAGGGUUUUUUCUAUCUAUCUACGUCUAGGCGUUUUCCAGGUGUCGUUGUAGUUCUUCAGCUGAAGGAUUGAUUGAAUUCAUUCUGUAGCAAUCAGGGAAAACAAACAUGCCUCGUUAUGAUGAUCGCUACGGGAGUACUCGCCUCUAUGUUGGCCGAUUGUCAUCUCGCACUCGGACGCGUGACCUGGAAGACCUUUUCAGCAGAUAUGGAAGAGUUCGAGAUGUGGAUUUGAAGCACGACUUCGCCUUUAUUGAGUGUUUGGGAAUCAUGUUGUUCAAAUAUGAGCCUCUCUUGUGUGGUUCUCUUGUCAUUGCAAACUAUCUACAGGAAUUUAGUGAUCCUCGAGAUGCAGACGAUGCAAGAUACAGCUUAAAUGGUCGAGAAUUUGAUGGGAGCCGUAUCAUUGUGGAAUUUGCAAAGGGGGGACCACGUGGCUCAGGAGGAGGUUCUCGAGAAUAUCUGGGUAGAGGUCCACCUCCUGGAUCUGGUCGUUGCUUUAAUUGUGGCUUGGAUGGGCACUGGGCUCGAGAUUGCAAAGCAGGCGACUGGAAGAACAAGUGUUAUCGCUGUGGAGAAAGAGGCCACAUAGAAAGAAACUGCCAAAACAGUCCAAAGAAUCUGAAACGUGGGCGUAGUUACUCACGAUCGCCAUCGAGAUCACCAUCUCCUCGCCGUGGCAGAAGUCGAAGCCGCAGUUACAGCCGAAGCCGCAGUUACAGCCGGUCUAGGUCCCCUCCAAGAAGAGAACGCAGCCUCGAGCGUGAGGAGAGGAGAUCAAGGAGCCCUCGAUACAGCAGGAGCCCAAAGUCAAAGAAGAGCCCUCCUCCCCCAUCCAAAGGCAGGAAGCGCAGCCCUACACCUGACGAUGGCAGCCCACGGGAGAGAGUGAGCCCUCCACCAAGGGAGCGUAAGCAGGCCACUGAGCGCAACGGUUCAGACUACAGCGGCAGCCCUAGGGACAACAGCAGGAGCCCCAGUCCUGAGAGGGAGAGUCCUGUAGGCAGGAGGUACCGAAGCCCUGAGGCUAAUGGCCGCAGCCCUAGCCCCAGGGAUGACAGGAGCCCCGCUGAUGAUGAUGAUAACCGUGGUUCUGCUAGAGGCAGUGAGUCUCCUGGCAGUGCUCAAAAUUGAGGUGUGUCAGGUUCCUUAAAAAACUUGGUAAACUUAUUUCGCUUCCAUGAACAGAAAUGUUAUACUUGCGAAACUUUUGGAUAUUAUGGCUUUUGCUGGGUCUGUCUUUAUGUGGCCUGUGUUCUCUGCAAGAUGGUGCUUACUGUGAAUUUUAAGCUUAUUAAGAUGGCCCUCCCUUUUUUCUGAUAA